GCCACAGAUUCUGUUUCUGUCACCUUUACGCCGCUUCUAAACCGACGGCAGUUGAUAAAACCCUUUCACGUUCAAUCUCUUCUUUUCUACGUUUCUUCAAUCGCUUUACUUCAAUCUUAGAUCUGCAAAAACUUGUAUAAACUCCGAUUAAUCUUUCAUCAAUCCUUACGCUGUCACAACAAUGAAGAUCACCUGUCUCCUUCACGCAUUCGUCAUCACAACAUUCUUCAUUCUCGCCGUUUAUUCUUCCGAUCCGCCGGAAUUUCCCCCCUCGCCGUCUCCCGCUCCAGAAUUAGGUUCAGACGACUCAUAUCCAGUCCCCUCCUAUUCCUCCCCUUCGCCUUAUGAUUCACCACUUGCAACUCCACCUUCAGAUCUCUCACCUUCUCCAUCAGUUGAUGAAUCGUCGCCAUCGUCCUUUUCGCCUUCUCCGUCUCCGUCUCCGUCUCCGUCACCGUCUGAAGCUAGUGACAUGGCCGCCGAUUUGAAGAGUCAAGAACCUAAAGAACCGUCGUCGGAAGGGAUGAGCGGAGGGAAGAAGGCAGGAGUUGCGUUCGGAGUGAUCGCCGCCGCUUGUUUCGUCGGAUUCGGAGGGAUUGUGUACAGGAAGCGGCAACAGAAUAUCCGGCGAGCACAGUACAGUUACGCGGCAAGAAUGGAUUUCAUCUAGAUAAGUUGUUGAAAUUUGAAUUUGAGUUGGAACGCAUUAUUACUACAUUUAGAUCUAGAUCUAUACAUUCAAAGUAUCAUUUCAUAGUUCAUACUAAUACGAUUAAACAUUCAUGAUUGCAUCAUUCAUGCCUAUAACAGUUUUCUACUACUCGGAUCAUUGUUCAUUAAUGAUAAAAUUUUGUUUAAAUUGAUCAUCA